AGCAGCAACAGCAGCAACAGAAGCAGCAGCAGCAGCAGCAGCAGCAGCGACAGAAGCUGCCGCGCCACUGAGUAGCAGCAAGGACUCUUUGAGUCAAGAGUAGGAUUGUAGGAUUGGAUCUGAGUGGGAACGAGAGUGAGCCGGUCUGAGAGAGGAGCGGAUCCCUCCCAGCGCCCUCGGGGCCACCCAUUGCCAGUAAUCUUCGUGCCAGACCUCUUGAGAGGAGACGGGACAGCCAACCCUAGCCUUCCCAGGAAGAAGCUCACUAUGGCUCCAGUCCCCUGGCCAUGCUGACAGCAGCCUGCAGCAAAUUUGGUCCUCUGCGGGACUCAACAACUCUGGGAAAAGGAGGCACAAAGAAGCCGUACGCUGACCUUUCAGGCCCCAAAACCAUGGGGGACGCCUACCCAGCUCCCUUCUCAAGCACCAAUGGACUCCUCUCCCCUGCAGGCAGUCCUCCAGCCCCAGCCUCUGGCUAUGCCAAUGACUACCCACCCUUUCCCCACUCGUUUCCUGGGCCCACUGGUGCCCAAGACCCUGGGCUCCUAGUGCCCAAGGGGCACAGCUCUUCUGACUGCCUGCCUAGUGUCUACACUUCCCUGGAUAUGGCACAUCCCUACGGCUCCUGGUACAAAGCAGGCAUCCAUGCAGGCAUCUCACCAGGUCCUGGCAACACACCUACUCCUUGGUGGGACAUGCACCCUGGGGGCAACUGGCUAGGUGGUGGGCAGGGCCAGGGUGAUGGGCUGCAAGGGACACUGCCUACAGGCCCUGCCCAGCCUCCACUGAACCCCCAGCUGCCUACUUACCCAUCUGACUUUGCCCCCCUUAACCCAGCUCCCUAUCCAGCGCCCCACCUCUUGCAACCAGGGCCCCAGCAUGUCCUUCCUCAAGAUGUCUAUAAGCCCAAGGCAGUCGGCAAUAGUGGGCAACUGGAGGGGAGUGGUGCAGGCAAACCCCCCCGGGGUGCAGGCACAGGGGGCAGUGGUGGAUAUGGGGGCAGUGGGGCAGGGCGUUCUACCUGCGACUGCCCCAACUGUCAGGAGCUAGAGCGGCUAGGGGCAGCAGCGGCUGGGCUGAGGAAGAAGCCCAUUCACAGCUGCCACAUCCCUGGCUGCGGCAAGGUGUACGGCAAAGCUUCGCAUCUGAAAGCCCACUUGCGCUGGCACACUGGCGAGAGGCCUUUCGUCUGCAACUGGCUUUUCUGCGGCAAGAGGUUCACCCGCUCCGACGAGCUGGAGCGCCACGUGCGCACUCACACCCGGGAGAAGAAGUUCACCUGCCUGCUCUGCUCCAAACGCUUUACCAGAAGCGACCACUUGAGCAAACAUCAGCGCACCCACGGGGAGCCAGGCCCGGGGCCGCCCCCGAGUGGCCCUAAGGAGCUGGGGGAGGGUCGCAGCGUCGGGGAAGAAGAAGCCAAUCAGCCGCCCCGGUCUUCCACCUCGCCUGCACCCCCAGAAAAAGCCCCUGGAGGCAGCCCAGAGCAGAGCAACCUGCUAGAGAUCUGA